AUGUUAUUUUUAUCAUUAUUUGUUACAUUAUUACCUAAUGAACCUAAUGAUGAAAGUCGUAAAAAUUUAGAAAACAUUUAUGACAUUGUUAUUGUUGGAGGUGGAAUUGCCGGAAAUGCUUUAGCCUGUGCCUUAGCAAAUUCCAAGAUAACAAAAUCGCAACGCGUUGCCCUUAUUGAAUUUAGUGACGUGUCAUAUCUAAAAGAAUGGAAACCUUCACCAAACGAAUUUUCCAAUCGUGUUAGUGCUUUGACACCUCAAUCUAUAGAAUUCUUUAAAGAUAUCGGAGUAUGGGAAAACUUUGUACUAGAACGCGUUAAACCUUUUAAUGAUAUUCAAGUAUGGGAUGGAAUUACAGACGCUAGAAUAAAUUUUAAUUGUAAAGAUAAUAAUACAUUUCGUACAAAUUUAGAAAAUAUUGGAUGGAUAGUAGAAAAUCAUAAUAUUCAACAAGCAAUUCUUACUCGACUCUUAAAGUACAAAGAUUUCAAUUUUCAUUUUUUUGAAAAUACAAAAGUUGAAGGAAUUUUUUUAGAUGAUUCUAGUACACCUAAUGUACCUAAUGUAAAUGGACAAUUUGAUUUGUCCGGUUGGCCAAAUAUAAAAUUAAGUGACGGAAAUUUUUUAAAAACUAGAUUAUUGGUAGGGGCAGAUGGAUUUAAUUCUAUUGUCCGUUCCUUUAUCAAUAUUGAAUCGAUAGGUUGGGAUUAUGAUGCACAUGCAGUGGUGGCCACCUUGCUCGUAGAUCAUCCGGUAGAAAAUGGGACCGCAUGGCAAAGGUUUUUGCCAACGGGACCUAUUGCAAUGUUGCCGAUGCCAGAUGGAUUUGCUUCAAUGGUAUGGUCUACAACUCCUACACUUGCAUCCAAAAUAAGAACGCUUCCGAAAAAUAAUUUUAUUAAUCUGGUGAAUGCAGCAUUUCGACUUCGUGUAGCCGAUCUAGAAUACUUUUUCUCUCAUUUGGAGGAUGACAAUUUUGAUAUAGGAGUUGAAUUUGAUUGGCGAAAUAAUAUAGAAGCCAAAAAAACCAAAUUUAGUCUUCCUCCACUUGUUUUGAAUGUUCAAGAAAAAAGUCGUGCUGGAUUUCCUUUAAGAAUGAGGAAUGCUGAAACACAUACGAUUCAUCCACUUGCUGGACAAGGAUUAAAUCAAGGAUUGGCUGAUGUGAAAUGUUUAGCUAAAGUUAUUGAAUAUGGUGUAACUACUGGUCAAGAUUUGGGAAAUUUACAAUUGCUUAAAAAUUACUCUUCUGAAAGAUAUUUAUCUAAUAUCUUGAUGCUUGGUGCAGUUGAUAAACUACAUAAAUUAUUUGGAACAAAGAUAACACCUUUAGUUUGUAUUAGAUCUUUAGGAUUAGAAAUGAUCAAUAGAUUUGGUCCUUUGAAGUCUGAAAUUAUGAAAUAUGCCAUGGGAAUAUAG